CCGGAAUGGGCGGGGCUUCGCGUCAGUGUAUCUCUGGCUGUGGCGGAGGUUAGAUUGCUUAGCGGGUGAUCCAUAUAACGGGGACGUCUCUCAGUUUACCGAUUACGGUCUGAGCCAUGUCAGGACGAGGGAAAUCCGGCGGCAAAGCCCGGGCCAAGGCCAAGUCGCGCUCCUCCAGGGCCGGGCUGCAGUUUCCAGUAGGCCGCGUCCACCGGCUGCUCCGGAAGGGGAAUUACGCCGAACGAGUUGGGGCCGGCGCUCCUGUGUACCUGGCCGCUGUGCUGGAAUACCUGUCGGCUGAGAUCCUGGAGCUGGCCGGUAACGCUGCCCGGGACAACAAGAAGACCCGCAUCAUCCCCCGACACCUGCAGCUGGCGAUCCGCAACGACGAGGAGCUCAACAAGCUGCUGGGUGGGGUGACCAUCGCCCAGGGGGGCGUCCUGCCCAACAUCCAGGCGGUGCUGCUCCCCAAGAAGACCCAGACCUCCAAAAAAUGAGACCCGACUACCACCAGGGCCUGGGGGGAGGGGGAUUCUUAGUGGUCACUCUAGAUUUUAUUGUGGUCAGGGGGGGGGGAGGGUCCAGGGCUGAUCUCUACCCCCAUUCCAGCAUCUAAACUGUUAACUAGCUUUACCACCAAGAGUUUUUGUGACUGGCGGUCACCGCCACUUGUUUGUUGCACAGUGACCCCAUUCACUUGUAUGAGCUGAUAUGGUAAUUUUUUUGGUCAUAUGACCAGAAAUCGCUGUUAAGCACCUGCCCAGGAUGAAUCGGGGCGCACGCAGCAUUCAGGUUCCUUUUUUGACUGACAUAUUGCUAUGUCCGAACCCCCCACACCUUUAUUAUUAGGGUGGGUUCACACCACGACUUUGCUAUACGGUUUUGGCAUAAGGAUUCAUAAAAAAAAACGCACAGAAAACCGUGCCCAUAGACUUCCCAUUCAAAACCGUAAGCACCAUAAUGUAUACGGUUGUCUCCGUUUUUCAAACCAUACGGUUAUUUACUUUUGUUUUUCUCCCAGACAGAAAACCGUGGCCUAUCAGGUUUUUGGUCUGGGUGAAAAACUAUUAAACCGUGUUUUUUUUUAACAUCGGAGUCAAGGGGAACUGUACAGACCUGUAUGUGCGUACGGUACAGACCUGUGUGUGCGUACGGUUCCAUCCGAUUUUCACCAUAUGGUUUAUGACUUUGCACGUUUUUUUUUUCUUGGAAUUUCAAUCAAACAAGUGAAACUUUAUUCAUAAUGGAGUGAAAAGUUUAAAACGCAUAUUUUUUUCGUAAAAAACGGAUGCAACCGGACAUCAUUUUUCAAACAGAAUACAGAUAAAAAAUUUGUACACACGUUCUGAUACAGUUUAGUCAGGUUUUGAGGAAUCCGUUUUUUUUUUUUUUUUUUAAAUCAAAAACCUGCUACAGGAACUGUUUUGCAAAAACGUGGUGUGAACCCAGCCUUAGUAUGGUCCAAAGUCUAUACCUUACCACAGGGCUCAAUAGCCUAUAAUGCAGAUUUACUUUGGAGCCUGGGUCUCCUAUAUAAACAGGGCCUGGGGUUUAGGCUGCAUUCACAUGGCUGUCUAGACCCGUCCUGUUCUUCUCCCGUCAAAAAUAAAAACAGACAAAAAAAAUAUACAAUAAUGGAUGUUAUCCGUUUGGCUCUGUUAUUGUUGAGUUAAUAAAAAAUUUAAAAAAAUUGUUCUGAGCAUGCUCAGAAGUAAAAACGGAUCAAAAAACUGAUUGAAAAAACUAAUGCAAACGUAUGACCUUAAAGGCUCAUCUGUUUUCCAUAGACUUCAAUGUAAAAUUUACUGUAUGCGUUUUUUCUUCCGUUUUUUUAUUUUUGAUGGAAGAAAAAAUACUGCAUGUGCUGUUUUUUCUGCCGUCAAAAAAACGGAAAUGAGUGCAGACAGGUACAAACGGAUGUAAACGGAUUGUAAAAAAAAUUCCAUUGACGUAAAUGGGAUUUUUUUUAACUGUUUUUAAUCCGUUUACAGCCUGCAAGACCGGAACCAAAACAGGGAUAAAAAAAAAAGCAGGCCCAGACGGCCGUGUGAACGCACCCUUUGCCUGUACAUCCUCGCAGUGGUUAUAGUACUGCCUUUUGGAAAAAAACAUGUUGAGAAGUCAAAAGUUUAGAUUGAAUAAUGUCUCAAGUUAUAAUUCGGUGAAGAGUGCAGCAGCGCUCUUCACUCCCUGGCUGGCUGUUCCAUCUGACCCAUUCCCUGUGUAGACCAGUGUUUCCUAAACAGGGAGCUGUUGGCUUUCCAGGCAUGCUGGGAGUUGUAGACUUGCAACAGCUGGAGGCACCCUGGUCAGGAAAUACUGGUAUAGACUAGUGCAGUGGAAGAGUCAGAUUUGAUUGACAGCUGGGGAGAGAGAUGCUGCUUUACCCAGAUAUAACUUAAUUUGGGGAGGAUCUCAGGACCCCGUGUGAUCUAGACUUGAAAUGUCUAAGUGACAGUAACUCUUUAAUUCAUGAUUUGCGCCUUUUGUAGAAUUAACUCUUAAUGUGCUGGCACGGCGGUAAAGCUCUCCCCUUCUCUAUCCUCCCCUCCUUCACAAAAGGGUUAAUAGGUCGCAUCAUUUGAUAACUUAGACCUUUUUAGACUGUUUUCUCCUUAGUUCCGGUUGUAGUCGGUCAGUUUUUAGGGUUGCUGGUGUUGUGGUGUAUUGUAAUGAUUUUUGUUUUCAUAAUUUGUAGGGGAUGGACCCUAACAAAGUUCUUGGUCGUCACCACAUUGCCGCUGCUUAAAGCGUAACUAUCAUUUUACAAAAGUUUUGAUCAGUUGGGGUCUUGGUGCUGAGACCUCACCCCUUCUGAUCUCUAGAUAUAUCAGGGUGACUAUAAUUGAACCGUUCUCCUGCAAACAGAUGAACUGAGCGCCAGGGAAUAACGUAUUGCUGCGCGUGUCACUCAGCUAUGUCUCGCAAUUCGUGGGGAUCUCGGCUCUGAGACUCAAAACUCUUGACACGUCCCUGCAACGCAUCAAUUGUUUUGGGGAAAAUGAUAGUAACACUUUAACCUUUUGUAUGUUGACUAUAAUGUCAGUAGGAGUGGACUUUACAUUCAGAUGUAUGGGGGGGAGGGGGCUCAUUGUCAUUUUGGGGUUCUCAUAACAGAAGGCCCUUUUAUCCGGGGAUGGUGGGUUGGUUAUUUUAGUAGUGCUGCAUGAGAAGCGCAUUUUAGAAGAUGUGGAACGUGGGCGUUUGUUUUUGUUCCAUAUGAUGCAGCCUUAAAGGGGUACUCCGGUGGAAACUACACAAGUUGUGUUGAGUUUGAAUUCAGUAUUUUUUCCUCUGUAAUUUUCACUAGACACCAAAAUGUGGACACAGGCGUAGUGGGUCCCAAAGCCAAAUAACUCCAGCUGUACAGAGUUGCAUUUAUAUCUCCAUUGCAAAGUUUUAGCACCUUCUGUUGGUAGAAGAAGAAUAGUAACUAAGUCAGAGAAAUGUAAAAGGGAGAGGUUUAAAAAAAAAUCAACUUGAUAGCCCUCUAACAAUGAUGUAUACACUACAGUCCUAUAUUCAGGUAUCUGCUUCUGUUGUAUAUAUAGAUUACUCUAGAAACCUAUGUAGGGGACGUUAACACUGCGGAAUUCCGCGAGUAGAAUUCCGCACAGUGAACUGUACCAUUAGUGUGAAUGGGUCUUCCGCGAGACCCGUUCACUCUGCAAAAUUUCAGGGGCGGACAAUUCCGCCGCUGAAAUUGUACCGCGCAAAGAAAGAACAUGUUCAUUCUUUGUGCGGAAUUCCGAGUACUGCAAAGCCAUCAAUGGUGGCGGCACAGUGCCCCGCGGUCCUACCGCCAAAGUAUCUUCGGCAGUGGCCACCUGAUGGAAUCUUGGAAUGGUUUCAUUUCAGAGCAAAGUUCUCAACAAUUUUUGCCACUUUUUUUUUUUUUUCUAGUGCACAGGCUUAGGCCAUAUUCACACUAUGGAAUUUCUGAGAAAUUCUGCUUGGAAAUUUCCAGUGUAGUAGCCUCCAAUUUUCUUUUCAGUGGGAUUCUGCUGCACCUUUUAUGCUGCAGAAUUUCUGCCAUGGAAGCUCAAGUUCUGGUCAUGCUCAUUGUUUCAGUGGAAUCCUGCGCGGGCUGCAUUAGUCAGUGGUGACAAUAAAUUUAGGCGGUGCUCACUGCAGACGUGGUCUCCAGGCGGAGAUUUCUUAGUGUGAAUUGGCCCAUAAUGUGAAUCAUUACCUAUAGCACAAAGUUCUGUGCCGUUUUUUCUCAUUGUAUCUUUAUAGGGGUUUGAAUCUUUUGUUUUUCUGAUUCUGAGCUCAGAUAUCCUGUGUAGACAUCCCCUGCCUGCAGCCACCACUAGGAGGCGCUUGCUACCUUACUAGUUGAGACACAUUGUCACCAAAGGGUAAUAAAUAUUACAAACUUUUGUUUCAUCACAAUUUAAACAAUUAGAAUAAGGCAGCAUUGGUCACAGUGCUGGUAAGUAUGGCGGUGACAAGCGCAUGGCAAGUAUGAUAUUACUACUUACAUCAUAUGAAAAUGCUACAACAGGUGGGCUGGUAUUCUAGUGCAUCAGUGCAAAAGGUGAUCUAAGGCUCCUUUCACACUAGUGAUUUCUCCGUUAUUGAAGUUCCGUCACAAGUUCCGUCACGAUUUUCGGCAAAAACCUGCCGUUACAAAACCCCUGACGGCCGAGACUGAAUUGCAUUGCAGCCUAUGGGAUUUUGUAACUGCCCGUUUGCACCCGUAUAUGCCCGUAAUUCAUUACGGACGUUAUACAGUGACGGGACAUCGUGGCAGAAAAAUUACUGCAUAUACGGGUACAAACGGGCAGUUACAAAAUCCCAUAGGCUGCAAUGCGAUUUAGUCUCGGCCGUCAGGGGUUUUGUAACGGCAGGUUUUUGCCGAAAAUCGCAACGGAACUUCAAUAACAGAGAAAUCACUAGUGUGAAAGGAGCCUAACAUGAACUUUAUGUAGUCACCACUAAUUUUUACUUAGUUACUUAGUUACUUACUUUUACUUAGUCAUUAACCCCUUAAGGACCAGGCGAAUUUUCAAUUUUGCACUUUUUUUUUUGUCUCCUUCCCUUUCAAUAGCCAUAACUCUAAUUUUCUUAUGAGGGCUUGUGACUUUUUCGGGACCAGUUGUACUUUUGUAAUGACUUUCUUCAUUUUUUUUUUUUCCCACAGCAUAUACUCCGAAACGGAAUAAAAUAAUGUGAGGUGAAUAAUGCAAUUUCGUAAUCUAUUUAUUUAUAUAUUUUUUGUAGUAGGAGCUCUUCAAUGCAUUCACCAUGCGGUGACAUUAACAUGUUAUCUUGAUUCUUUAGGGUGAUACGAUUACAACAAUAUCCAAUUUGUACAGCUUUGACUUUUUAAAAGUUCAAAACUUUUAGAAUUUUUUUCUAUAACUUUAUUUUUCCAUAUACCAGGCUGUUUGAAGCCUAAUUUUUUUUGCACCGCGAUCGGUACCAUAUUGGUAUUGAUCAGUCUUUUUUUAUCCCUUUUUUUUUUUUUUUUUUAUUCCAUAUUUUUGUAUUGUAGUCAAAACAGCCCAAUUCUGUUUUUUUAAAUACAUUAGUACCUAUGUGCUGCACUGAUCCAUGAAAUCUGCACUCUUUUGGUAGUCUGCCCCAGACAGGCUCUAUCAUUAGGGGGCAGACUGAGGCUCUGGACAACAAUAGCGUUAUGGAUCACCAAGGGGUUAAAAACCACUUUUGACAUGUUGAUUGUACUGGGUCUCACUCCUGAGACCUGCUGCAAUGGUGAGUUAUUAGCCGGGGAGGUGAGCGGCAUUGCGCUCUGCUCCCUGGUCAACCGAGAGAUCCGCCCAUUUCUCUUCAUAGAACCUUAGGGAGAGAAAUAUACAGAUCUCUUGGCUGGCUGGGGAGUGGAGCACAAUGCUACUUGCUUCCCCGGAUAAUCACUCGCGAACGCAGCGGCUCUGUCGUGUGAUCAACAACAACUUUUUGACAUGUAUGAUUGACACAUUAAAAGUUUUUUAAUGACUAACACUUUAACAAAAGUGUUAGUGAUAUUAACAGUAGUGUUUGGAACAAAAUGUUUCGAAUGCUUAGCGCCGGCGCUGGGAGCUCGUGGAGUCAUAGCCCCGCCCCCUCAUGACUUCACGCCCCACCCCUCAAUGCAAGUCUAUGGGAGGGGGAGUGAUGGCUGUCACGCCCCCUCCCAUAGACUUACAUUGAGGGGGUGGGGCUAUGAUGUCACGAGCUGCCGGCUCUAUGCAUUCGGAACAUUUUGUUCCAAACGCUGAGCAGCCGAUUACCCCCCCCCCCCCCAUGUUGGACUUUCACUGCUUGCAUUAUGCCACCCCCCCAACAAGCGUUUUGGCAAGGCUUUUGUCUGGGGUUGGCAUAAUCUAAACGAGUCCUAGAAUUCAGACCUCCAAUUACAUACAGUCUCUACCAAAUGGUGUCAACAUAGGGAGGGAAUUGUUGCGGUGCUUGUGACUUGUUAAUAUUAUAAACACAUUUGUACUUUUCACAGAAACAAUAUUUACUGUGCUGAUUCUUUUCUGUGAACACCUUUCGCCUUGAUGCACUUUAUUACUAAUUCUCUUGUGUUUAUACCAUUAGUUAUAUCAUACCUACAAUGUGCAUGUCUCCCUGGUGAUGCUCUCCUAUAUGGGACUCUGUUUUAUUCUCGGGACAGUAUACUUCAGUAGGGUUAGACUUUGUUCACACCUGUGGUGUUUUUUGUUUUCUGUUCCAUUAUAGAAGCAGAAAACCAGAAAUGACUGAUCGUUCACAGAACACACAGAACAGCACCUGACGGACUCUUUGAUUUAUACUGGGUUUCCUUAUGGUGUCUGUUGUUUUGGCAGGAAGAAUAGUGUGCUGCAUGCUGCGCUGUUCUUCCUGAGAACAAAGCCUUUGUUAGAUUUUAUUUUUUGUUAAUGUAGUUAAUAUUAAGUAUUGCAAUAAUGACAAUCUGUAUAUUGAUAGAUGGCUAAACUGCGCACUGGAUUGACCCCAAGUAUUCCGUAGUAUUGUUACAAUUUUCCUACUCUCUCUCUAAAUUGGAAUAUUUAAAGGGGUACGCCGCUGCUCAGCGUUUGGAACAAACUGUACUGAACGCUGGCGCUGGCAGCCCGUGACAUCAUAGCCCCGCCCCUCAUGCUGUCACACCCACUCAAUGCAAGUCUAUGGGAGGGGGUGUGACAGCCAUUACACCCCUUCCAUAGACUUGCAUUGAGGGGGUGGGGCAUGACAUAAUAAGGGGGCGUGGCUAUGGCAUCAGGAGCUGCUGGCUCCAGCGUUCGGAACAGUUUGUUCCUAACGCUGAGCAGUGGAGUACCCCUUUAAUAAUAGAACAGUAUGCACUCAGCUCCAAAGUAUCCUGUAGUGGUGAAUGGCAGCAGCUGGAAUGCUAUCAUGUAACACUGACCCGUAAGUCUUAGGAUAAGUCCAUUCUAUAUUAUAUUAUUUAUCUAUUUCCUUCAAGCACUUUAAUAUUUAGUUGGUUAACCAGGUUACAGCAUCUGGAAAUACAAUAUGUCUGCCUUGUAUAACAUAUCCUGGUGUAGCACCCAUGCUUCCCUUUCCCACAGGUAAACAUUUGCACCUAUUUGUAUAAUCUGCAGAUAACAUUUUCACUUCAUAAAGGCUUGUACUGACCUUCCAUCAUGUCCUAUUUCCCAGAGUGGCAUUCCCUGCUGGUUCAGUGUCUUCUUUUAGACACACUGGCCCAGAUUUAUCAAACUGCGUGAGAGAAAAAGUGGAGGGCUUUUUCCACCGCAACCAAUCACAGCUCAGCUUUCGCUUUACCUCAGCUCGUUAGCUGAGUUGUGAUUGGUCGCUGUGGGAAAAUCCCUCCACUUUUUCUCUCACACAGUUUGAUGAAUCUGGGCCUCUGUUUUAUCAAUGACUGCUGCUCUGGAGGAUAUAAUACAGACCGUAACUCCAGAAUCGGUACAAAAAAAGCUUGUGUGUACAAAGUGAAACUUUUAUUGUAGAUUAAAACGGAAAAGUAUGUGCUCUUCUGUAGAAGGAAACUUGUCAUGAGUGAAACUGAAAAUUUGUUUCACCUAUGGAGAAAUCUCAGUUUACAAGGAAGAGUCCCCAUUUUCUUAUCCCUUUUUUUUUUUAAUUGGGUGGUCCAAUUUUAUUUUUAUGUGCCCAGUCUGGGGUAAAAAAAAAAUACCUUCCUCGUUUCCUCUAGAGCCAGUCCAAUUACACAUCUGGUUCCAGGAUAAAAACAGCAGAGAGGAAGGUAAGAAUAUGGUUUUUGAAUAUGUUCCCCCAGGCUGAUAACAUACAAAAAUCCUGAAUAACUCCUUUUUUAGGGUACGUUCACACAUACGCAGAUUUGAUGCGCAGGAUUUUCUGCUGCAGAUUUAAAUGUAAACUAAAUGACUGAGCACAGCUUCUUAUUUGCGCAGGAUCCUGUAUGUGUGAACGUACCCUUGAAGGGGUACCCCGCUGCUCAGCGUUUGGAACAAACUGUUCUGAACGCUGGAGUCGGCAGCUUGUGACGUCAUAGCCCCACCACUCAUGACAUCAUGCCCCGCCCCCACAAUGCAAGUCUAUGGGAAGGGGCGUGGCGGCCGUCAUACCCCCUCCUGUAGACUUGCAUUGAGGGUGUGGGGUGUGACAUGUAAGGUGGGGCUAUGAUAUCACAAGCUCCCGGCUCUAAUCGUUCGGAACAUUUUGUUCCAAAUGCUGAGCAGUGGAGUACCCCUUUAAGGUUCUCAGAUAUGUGGUAGUCCAGAUGUUGAAGACCACUGGUCUACAAUAACCUUAAUCCAUAUAUCUUGUGUUUUACCAGCGUUGAGCUGUUUUAGAAAGCACCUUUAUUGUUUAGGAUAAUUCAUGCACUUUAUCAUGUGAAUUUGCCCGAAAGAAGAACUGUAAUUUUGUUAAAAAUCCAAAAGCUCUUUAGACUCCUCAUUAGACCUAUAAUAGUCUAUUGACGUGGUUACUGCUGUCUAUGAAAGAGGCUCCUAUGAAUAGUAUUGAUAAAGUUUUGAAAGCCCUACAAUUGUUCCCGUCUUUGACCUGCUAAAGCCUUUUUGUAUUUAAUGUAAGCUAGGGUUGGAUUUACAGCUGGAAAGAAAAGAUGUGAAUUGUGGCUGCGGAUCAUGUAUGGUGCUAGGAAUCGCCUCUCCAGACUGGGGUCACACAAGGAAAUUUAGUCUGUAUUAUCACGUUCAAAAAUGUAUCAAUGUAUUUUGUAGAAUAUGUAAGAUGCUUCUUGGUACGUUUUCGAUAUACCCCCUGGAUGACUUGCAGAUGCUGCACAAUGCCCUUUGUGAAGCCAGCCUUAAAUGGUAUUUAAGGGGUGCAAUAACGUUUGGGUGGGUUGUCUUGCUCUUUGGUGAACAAUUGGGUAUAACCUCUAUCACCAGCAUCACCUUUUAUGCUUCCAGCACUUAACCGUUGUGAGCACCCAACUUCUUGCCAUAAAGUAAAUCCAGCCCGGGCCUCUAUCACCACCAUGGUUUAUCCUUCAUAAAACGUAACCCUGUCUAUCUCCUGGUGCUCUCACUGUGUCUUGUUAGGGGCCAGGCCACUUGGUCGACAAUGAAGAAUGGUGACAGAAGUGAAUUUUAGUUCUUACUUUACUGUAUGUUUAAGAUUGUCUUGAGUCGUUUUUAGGAGCACUUUA